AUGUCUGCAGUCCGCACUGCGGAUUGCAAGGGCAUUGCCGUGCCUUGCACAAUGGCAGGGAUUACUACAGUACAAUCUGAUAUUUUCAAACCCACCAAGUACGGCGGCAAGUACACCGUCACUUUAAUCCCAGGAGAUGGAAUUGGUGCCGAAGUAGCGGAGUCCGUAAAAACAAUUUUUAAGGCCGACAAUGUACCUAUCGAAUGGGAACAGGUCGACGUCAGCGGCGUGGAUACGGGGAAUAAGCACUCGGAAGAUUUAUUCAAAGAAUCCAUCGCAUCUCUCAGACGAAACAAGAUUGGCCUGAAGGGUAUCCUCCAUACUCCCGUUGAAAGGUCCGGUCAUCAGUCCUUUAAUGUUGCUCUCCGACAAGAACUUGAUAUAUAUGCGUCAAUCGUCUUGAUCAAGAACAUUCCCGGCUAUAAGACUCGGCACGACAACGUCGACCUGUGUAUUAUCCGUGAGAAUACUGAGGGAGAAUACUCUGGCUUAGAGCAUCAGUCUGUUAGCGGCGUUGUGGAAUCUCUCAAGAUUAUCACCAGGGCGAAGUCCGAGCGUAUUGCGAAGUUUGCUUUCAGCUUCGCCCUAGCUAACAAUCGCAAAAAGGUCACUUGCAUUCAUAAGGCUAAUAUUAUGAAACUUGCGGAUGGCCUGUUUCGAACCACCUUCAAGAAAGUGGCCGAGAGUUACCCGACCCUCGAUAUCAACGAUAUGAUUGUCGAUAACGCAUCUAUGCAAGCUGUCUCUAGACCGCAGCAAUUUGAUGUUAUGGUCAUGCCGAAUUUGUAUGGAGGCAUUCUUUCUAACAUCGGGGCUGCUCUUGUGGGAGGUCCGGGUAUUGUCCCCGGAUGUAAUAUGGGUCGAGAUGUCGCUGUAUUCGAACCCGGCUGCCGACACGUUGGUCUUGAUAUCAAAGGUAAAGAUCAAGCAAACCCAACAGCACUGAUCCUAUCAGGUUCAAUGCUUUUGCGCCAUUUAGGCUUGGAUGAACAUGCCAACCGUAUUUCCAAGGCCGUCUACGACGUGAUUGGUGAAGGUACCGUUCGUACUCGCGAUAUGGGCGGUCAGGGUACUACAAACGAAUUUACUAGAGCCGUCUUAGAUAAGAUGGAGACCGCCCUGUGA